CUAUUGGCUGUUGCAGUCUCGUACGGCCUGUUCACGCAGCAGUUUUCAAAAUGCCGUACCCCUUUGUUCUCCCGACUACGUCCAGCUUCGUCUUCUCGAGUAGCUUCACCUGCGAAUCUCACCCCUCUCUGCCCCUCAAUGCCACCACCUACCGCGGCGUUGCUCGAGACGCCCUCAAGAAGCAUAAGCGUCUGCCCCCGAGCUCAAGAGCGGCCGAUCUGUCCAAUGUUAUAAGCAGCCUGACUAGCUACAUCCCAUAUCUUUUGGCGGUCGACGCCGGCGUUAGUCACCAGGUUAUUGGCACCGAUGUGAUAAAUGUGGACGUCAAGGCACCGCCGGGCAUUGAAUGGAGGCCUACCCUCUCUGGCGACCUAGUACCUGGAAAGGAGAGAAAUCGAACCAAAAUUACUACUCUUGAGCAUGAAAUCUUCUUUGUCAUUUCGUCGCUAGCCGUAGCGUACAUCAACACAGCCCGGUCCUGCCUUCAGCCGCUCUACACAACCACAGAAGCAUUUGUUGGAACACAGCAAAGAACAGUAGCUAUUUCAACAGCCACGAAACACUUACUUACUGCUGCUUCGCUGUAUGAUUACCUGUCUGGGCGAUCUGAGCAGCGUCCAACGGAGGCUCCGUGUGUAGACAUUGCACCGUCUACCAUUAGAGCCAUGAGCUGUCUAGCUCUGGCUGAGGCGACACUUUUAGCCAUUUUAAAAGACGACCCAUACCCAGCAAUUGUUUCUCAAGAUAGAAAUAAGGAAGAUCGAGAAUGGAUGUACAAGGCGCCCGAUAUUCCCAAGGUCCGGGCCCAUCUUUAUGCACGACUUGCCCUCGCAGCCUCCGAGCACGCAGCAAAGGCAGGAUCUCUAUUCCAAUCUGGAGGGAAUGGGUCAAGCAAGAUUACUCCUGGACUUAUUAAAUACGCCGAUGACUUACGCAAGUCCAGCAAAGCCAAGGCUUGCCGCUUCUUUGGCAUUGAUGCCGAGCUUGGCGGGCAGACUGGCGACGGUAUAGGCUGGCUCCGGGCUGGCCUGCGAGAGUUGGGUGUGGAAGUGCAGGAAGCCAAAAAGGGAUUAAGCUUGUCACGAUUUAAAAAGGAGUUUUCCGAGAAGCGAGAAGACAAGCGCAUUACCAAAGAUGGCGCCUGGGGUGCCGAUGGCGGUAAGAUGGAGGAAACACGAGUGUUGGAGAUGCUCGAUGCCAAAUGGAACAAGAUGAACGAUACAAUGAAUACACAGCUGGUACCACCGCCAAACCAGCUACUCACACAGAUGCCCUCUGGUCGAGAAAUCCACACAGUUCCACCAUUUCAGGUUCCGCAGCUCGCGCGAGAUGUUUUAAUGGCAAUGCGCCUGCCUCCUGAUCGAGAAGAAGACCCAGGCACCUUUAGUUCUGAUGAUGAUCAGGCUGGCGCGAUGCCUCCAGUCGGCGCAUAUCCCGGCACAGAGGGCGACUAUUCCGGAGGAAGAAGCUCAUACUAUUAGCUCCACAGAUCAUGUACGACUAGUUAUAUCAGCAGUCCAAAUUUACAACCUAGCUCGCCUGGUAGUAGUGACCAUGGUGUCGGUAGGACAUGGAGGCCCGUCCAGAUUGUACGGUGUGCAGUCGGGAAUGCAUCUAGUUAAGGGUUAGCUCUCACCCAACAGCGGCAGGACAUGACUAGCUUAAACAAAUCCUUACUCUCCGUACGGUAUACCGCAAGAGUUCAUGGCAUCGAUGCAAAUGGUUCGUUGACUGCAGUCGGGGUCAUUUGAUAUGUAGUCUGUGCUGAGCACCGACGAGGUUGGCGUGGGUGUUGCUGUACAUGGUGGUGCCUGUGGCGCUACUUGGGAGCACGGGUUGUAGCAUCUGUAGGAGCAUUUAGCGCGGAUCCAGGCCAAUAGCAGACAGAGACUAACACUUUACUAGUUGCGCCACAUUCAUUUAUAACAUCGAUGCAUACGGUUUGGCAGGGCGGGAUGGACGCCAGCGUGGUGGCGCUUAGCAUGAGCGUAUAAGCAAGCGUGUAGAUCAUGGCGUUGAGGCGAAACGGUGCAAAUAGGGUUUACCAGGCGAGACUCUAAAAAGUCCAAGGAAAAGAAGAGAUAGAAUGCAGUAUUAUGCCCAGAAUGAUAUGAAGCAACUUUAAAGCAAAAAGUUUAUUAAAACUCUCGUGCAGUUUCCCUCAUUCCUUGUAAAAGGGAGCAGGCGCUACCUUUCCUACGCUAAGCUCACUCACUG